AUGGCCACCUCUUUUGCAGACGACUGCCUCCCUCCUGAGAAUAUUUACGACUCUCGAAACGCCUUGUUUGAAGCAAUCAAUGCAUGGGCUAUAACGAGAGGUUACGCCUUCACGACUGGAAAGUCGACCACCGAGAAGAGCGGGAGAAUGACAGUUACAUACGCCUGCGACCGAGGCCGCCGGCCCCCCGAGGCAUCAAGCAGUCGCCAGAGAAGAACUAGUAGUCGAGUGACCAGCUGCCCCUUCUCGGUUCUAGCUAAAGAGUCGUCCGAUGGUAGUUGGGUUCUUAAACACCGCCCCGAUUCUCGAUUCUCGGUACAUAACCAUGAACCAAGCCAACACCCAGUCGCGCAUCCAGUUCAUCGACAACUCUCUGGAGGCACUUCACAACUUGCAGACUUCUCGAACGCUGGUCUCGCACCGAAAGAGAUUCAGACCCUUGUACGACAAAGUGGCUCGCUAGCUACCCGGCAAGAUAUCUACAACCGGAUCGCGGAUGUACGUCGAGAUGCUUGUGAAGGCCAGAGCCCGAUUCAUGCGCUAGCCAACCAACUCGAGAAGGAGGGCUUUUGGAGUCGAAUCCAGUUUACACCAGAUGGCCGUGUCACAGCAGUUCUCUUCGCGCAUCCCGACUCCCUUGCUUACCUUCAAGCUUACCCUGAGCUACUACUUCUUGACUGUACAUACAAGACGAAUAAGUACGGCAUGCCUCUCCUUGAUAUGAUUGGCGUUGAUGCAGCACAACGGUCUUUCUGUAUUGCAUUUGCAUUCCUGAGCGGCGAGACAGAGGAAGACUACACUUGGGCUCUCGAGCAGUUAAAGUCACUGUACGAGCAAUGCAAUACUACUCUCCCAUCUGUAAUUCUUACGGACCGCUGCCUUGCAGCCAUGAAUGCAGCUUCGGCGCUCUUCCCUUCAGCUGCAACGCUCAUCUGCAUCUGGCAUGCGAACAAGGCAGUCCUUGCCCGAUGCCAACCAGCAUUCCCGGAGGCUGAGAAGUGGAAAGAAUUCUACGACUCUUGGCAUUCAAUCAUUAGUUCGCCAACAGAAGAGGAGUAUGCCAACCGGCUUGCACAAUUUCAACAGAAAUACGCUGUUGAACACCCCAACGAGGUCGGGUAUAUCAAGACCACGUGGCUUAUCCCAUUCAAGGAGAAGCUUGGUCGCUCACUGUCACUGGUUGACUGGUGGGCGACCAGGCGACAUCGGUGGAGCGCCGGUCCCGAUGCCGCGGCCAUGCACCCCGCCCCCGCCCACUCCGGAAAUUCCGCCCUCAUGGAGAAUCCAUACGACACAGCAGGAUUUACGGCUGGGGGUAUCGUGCGGGGUGAGGAUGUGGUGGGGUUGACGGGGACGGGGGAGGAGCUGUUUGGGAAGGAGGAGAAGGAGAUGGUGGAGGGGUUUGAUUCUGCGGUGGAGAGGGUGGUGGUGGUGUUUUUGGGGGUGGAUGAUAGGGGGGUUUUGUUGGGGGGUGAUGGGGUGGUGGAGGGGGAGGGGAAUGCGCAGGGGGUGGAGGGGUUGCAGAGAGAGGGGUUUGUGUAUAAGGAUACUAGGGGGGCGCCGUAUUUUGCGGUGGAUGUUACCCCGAGGGGGGAGAAGGCCGGUGUGGCGGAGGAGUUGAUCAAGAGGGUGACGGAGAGGGGGUUUACGUUCAAGGAGGCGACGCCGCGGCAUAUGGGGUUGCAGGCGGGGCACGCCGCCAUGUACGGCCAAGCACGCGCCCUGGUGGACUGGAACGCGCGCACGCCCUUCUGCGCGCAGUGCGGACAGCCGACGCUGUCGGUGCACGCGGGUACGAAGCGGGUGUGCCCGCCGACGGACCGAGCCGGGGUUCCCGAGGGCGAGCCGGCGCGGGAGCGGCGGCCGUGCGCGACGCGCGGCACCGUGUCCAACCACAGCUUCCCGCGCACCGACCCGACCGUCAUCAUGGCCAUCGUCAGCGCCGACGGCACCAAGGUCUUGCUCGGCCGCCAGCGCCGCUGGCCCCAGUACUGGUUCAGCACCCUCGCCGGCUUCCAGGAGCCCGGCGAGUCCAUCGAGGAGGCCGUGCGCCGCGAGGUGUGGGAGGAGAGCGGCGUGACCGUCGGCCGCGUCAUCCUGCACAGCUCGCAGCCGUGGCCGUUCCCCGCGAGCCUGAUGAUCGGCGCCAUCGGCCAGGCGAUGCCGGGGGAUGGGGAGAAGAUAUUCCUGGGCCACGACGCCGAGCUGGAGAGCGCCAAGUGGUUCCCGCUGGAGGAGGUGAAGGAGGCGUUGGUGUUGGGGACGAGCAACCUGGGCGAGGGCGCACCCGAGGGGUAUGUCGAGGGGGCGCUGAGGCUGCCACCGCAGACGGCCAUUGCGAAUCGCUUGAUAACCGCCGUGGUUGAGCAGUGGUGGGUUCAGCCAAAGAUGUAG